AUGAUUCCAUCCACCCCUGCGUCGCCGACCCUUCCACCGCCGUCGCCUCGAUCACCACAUUCGCCCGGCACCAGUCUCAAGCAGCAAAUGGUCGAAUCGCCAACUCAGUCAAUGACCACAUGCUCGCUCCAUGGAAUAGACUCUGUUCUCAAUGCAGUUUUUGGCGAGACUUCAGCCUCAUCCACCGCCGCCACCAACGAGCGGCUAUAUCAAAAUGGCUCGAACGGGCCCAUCUGCAGACGCAACAGCCUAACUACGCCGGUCACCUCGCCGACACAGCUGCGGAUCUCAACGCCGAAGUUGCCUGGCUACCCCGUGCGCACGCCUGAGAAGGCCUACUUCCAGAGCACCCGAGAGGACGGCAGGACGAGCAGGAUGGCCAUGAGAAGUCCGCGAAUGACACUGCCACUGCGAGUCAACACCGGCACAACCACACACAGCAGCGCCACGAGUACUGUUCCUGACUUCCCUCGGACCAUGACGUCCAUCAACGAGGACGGAGCUGAAUCUCCAUGGUCUGACACAACGACGCUGUUGAAUUGGUCUCCGCCGCCGUCGUCAUCGACGUGGAAAGCAAGCGCAAGCGCCACCGCGACCGCCUCGCCCUUGACCAUGCGCCACACAACCAACUCAAAUCCAAGCAGCUUGAAGAGGCUCGCGAGAUCUCACGUGCCCAGCCCGAUUUUCACCUCGACCUUGACACCGACUCGGUCGCCGAUCCGCAAAAAGCCACGCUCUUGCUUGCGUUUCCGCGCACCCCCAGCGCCCAAGUACUAUGUCGUGGUGCGCAAGAGCGGUAGCGAGCCUCUUUCACCAACGACCCUGCGCAACCGGAUUCAGUAUCUGAACAGUGUGGAGCACUUGCGGGCGCCACUGGUGCCGUUGAUCUCGGUUACCAGUGGCCUAGCGCACCCAGCCUUCCCAACCAGCCUGCUGCAGUACCAUCUACUCACGCACGACCAGCUCGACGACCUCGCCAGGUGGUACCAUCAGGUACAGCCGCCUGUGGACGAGACUUUCAUGUAUCCCGUGUGGAUCCCCGCGUGGACGAGUCUGCAUCCGGACGCCAGGGCAUCCAACGAGAACGUCAUCUUCAGCAACACUGGCAGCGCUGCUGCACCAACGGCAGCCAAGAUCGACAUCGAAACGAAACGUAGACGCUUCGGCCGCUUCAUUGGCCUGCGAGGCUGUGAGAGCCCUACGACUGCCGGCCCAGAGAACGAGAGGCCAGAAGAAUUGGCGCGAAGGAUGGAGAGGGAAUGGAGACGCGCUCUGGAGAGGGCAGCGGAGGAGGACAGGGCCUGGGAAAAGGGAUGGAGGGGACGAUGGUAG